GUCACCGCGGCUGGGAAGGGGAGCGGAGUCAGCGAGCAGAGGGAGGGAGGGAGGACGGCAUCCAGUGCCCUGCCAUCGCAGUGCAACUGCUUUGGAGCAGCGAGGGCGACCCUAUUCACUCCUCUUCGCGUAACAGCUUUCGGACACACGCUGCGUGGACCAUCGCGUUGUGAAGAGCGCAGCAAUGGAGGAGACUGUCAUAUGGGAACAGCACACAGUAACACUACACAGGGCACCAGGAUUUGGCUUCGGCAUAGCCAUCUCAGGAGGUCGGGAUAACCCCCAUUUUCAGAGUGGCGAGACCUCUAUUGUCAUCUCAGAUGUUCUAAAGGGAGGCCCUGCUGAAGGCUUACUGCAGGAAAAUGACAGAGUGGUGAUGGUCAACGCUGUCUCCAUGGACAAUGUGGAGCACGCAUACGCAGUCCAGCAGCUUCGCAAAAGUGGGAAAAAUGCAAAAAUUACAAUCAGACGGAAGCGGAAGGUGCACGUCCCCAUGGGCCGUCAUGGGGAAAGGGAAACCAUGUCGGAGCAUGACGAGGAGGAAGACAGCUACGACGAGGAGAUCUAUGAGACACGGAGUGCGCGCAGCGGCACUUACAGUGGCGUGGGUGGGGCUAUGGGCAGGCGCAGUGGCCGGAGCAGCGGACGAAGGGACCGGGAGCGAGAGCGCAGUGUCUCAAGGGAGAGGAGCCUUUCCCCACGCUCGGACCGCCGCUCACACAACCUGCCUCCACGCCCUGCCAAAGUCACCCUUGUCAAGUCCCGGAAAAAUGAAGCAGAAUAUGGCCUGCGCCUGGCCAGCCACAUCUUUGUGAAGGACAUUUCCCCUGAGAGCCUGGCCGCCAGGGAUGGCAACAUCCAGGAAGGAGAUGUAGUGCUAAAGAUCAACGGCACAGUGACGGAGAACCUUUCCCUGAUAGAUGCCAAGAAGCUGAUAGAGAGGUCAAAGGGCAAGCUAAAAAUGGUGGUCCAGAGGGAUGACAGGGCAACCCUGCUGAACAUACCCGACCUCGAUGACAGCAUUCCCUCAGCCAACGCUUCUGACAGAGACGACAUUUCAGAUAUCCAUUCUCUGGCGUCUGACCAUUCCAAUCGAUCACACGACAGACAUCGAAGCAGCCGUUCCCGUUCACCGGACAGACGGUCAGAACCCUCGGACCACUCCAGGCACUCCCCCCCACAGAUCAGCAAUGGCAGUCACAGAAGUCGGGAUGAUGAAAGGAUCUCCAAGACGGCUUCGACGCCAUCGAAGAUAGCAGAGGACAUUCCUCUGCCCAAGCCCAUUGACUCCGCUGUCGCCAGAGAGGAGAAACAGCUUCCACCACUCCCAGAGCCCAAGCCAGUGUACGCCCAGCCUGGGCAGCCAGACGUCGACCUGCCAGUCAGCCCUGCGGAUGCCCCCGUGCCCAGUGCCGCUCACGACGACAGCAUCCUACGACCGAGCAUGAAAUUGGUGAAGUUCAAGAAGGGAGAAAGCGUGGGGCUCCGGCUGGCCGGGGGGAACGACGUGGGCAUCUUUGUCGCUGGAGUCCUGGAAGACAGUCCUGCUGCUAAGGAGGGUCUGGAGGAGGGUGACCAAAUUCUCAGGGUAAAUAAUGUAGAUUUUGCAAACAUAAUUCGAGAAGAGGCGGUGCUGUUUCUCUUAGACCUUCCCAAAGGUGAAGAGGUCACUAUUCUGGCCCAGAAGAAGAAGGAUGUGUACCGGCGGAUAGUCGAGUCUGAUGUGGGUGACUCCUUCUACAUACGGACACACUUCGAAUACGAGAAGGAAUCGCCGUACGGAUUGAGCUUUAACAAAGGCGAGGUGUUCCGCGUUGUUGACACCCUCUACAAUGGCAAGCUGGGCUCAUGGCUGGCUAUCCGCAUUGGCAAGAACCACCAGGAAGUGGAGAGGGGUAUCAUCCCUAACAAGAACAGAGCGGAGCAGCUCUCUAGUGUGCAGUACACUCUUCCUAAAACGGCAGGCGGUGACAGGGCUGACUUUUGGAGGUUCCGUGGCCUACGCAGCUCCAAGAGGAAUCUGAGGAAGAGUAGAGAGGACCUUUCAGCCCAGCCAGUCCAGACAAAGUUCCCAGCGUACGAGAGGGUGGUGCUAAGAGAAGCUGGUUUCCUAAGGCCAGUUGUUAUAUUUGGGCCUAUUGCUGAUGUUGCACGAGAAAAACUCUCCAGAGAAGAGCCAGAUCUUUUCGAGCUUGCAAAAAGUGAACCCAGAGAUGCAGGAACAGACCAGCGUAGUUCAGGAAUCAUUCGUCUUCACACCAUCAAACAGAUCAUCGACAGAGACAAACAUGCUGUACUGGACAUCACCCCCAAUGCAGUGGACAGGUUAAACUAUGCUCAGUGGUACCCCAUUGUUGUGUUUCUCAACCCGGACAACAAGCAGGGUGUGAAGAACAUGAGGACUCGACUGUGUCCCGAGUCCAGGAAGAGUGCCCGGAAGCUCUAUGAACGAGCCAUCAAACUGAGGAAGAACAAUCACCACCUGUUCACUACCACCAUCAACAUGAAUAACAUGAACGACGGGUGGUAUGGCGCUCUCAAAGAAACCAUCCAGCAGCAACAGAACCAGCUGGUCUGGGUGUCAGAGGGCAAGGCGGAUGGAGCCCCUGAGGAUGACUUGGAUAUCCAUGACGACCGUCUGUCUUACCUCUCAGCCCCUGGCAGUGAAUACUCCAUGUACAGCACGGACAGCCGGCACACCUCUGACUAUGAAGACACAGACACAGAGGGCGGGGCAUACACCGACCAGGAGCUGGAUGAGACACUGAAUGACGAAGUGGGCCUACCCACUGAGCCUGCCAUUACACGCUCCUCUGAGCCUGUACGAGAGGAUCCGCCUGUCAUCCAGGAUGCACCUGGUUACCCUGGCUAUCAGCAUCCCGUGCAACCUGAUCCAGCCAAUCGUAUUGACCCUGCUGGAUUCAAGAUGGCUGCUCCACAGCAGCAAGACGAAGUUGUUCUGGCCAUGCCCUCGCUGCCCUUGGUGGUGGCAGCUUCCCCUGCCGUUGAGCAGCCCAUACAGCUAGAGGGUAUGCACCCAGAGGAGCCACCCGCUACAGCCGCAGCUCCUCAGGCUGACUCACUUAACAGCCCCAGCCCUGCCCCCGAUCUAAUUCAGCCCCCUGCACCACACCAACCCCACCCGUCUGGGCUACCUGGUCCAGAACCAAAGAUGUACAAGAAAGAUCUGUACAGUAUGGAGGAGCCUGUGCGUGUAAACCAUGGUCUGAAGCCUUCCGUGAGCUACACUCACCAGCUGCCGUACCAGGACAAACAGCCAUACCGUGAAUACGACCACCCGCCUUAUGGAUACGAUGGAGGUGGCUACACAGAACCAAAGCCUCACAAUUUUGACUCUCACCUGCACUACGACAACCGUGUGCCUCACUACAGUGAACAGUGGUCCCCCUAUGACCAACAGACCUCGUCCCAGCCCACGGGCUUACAGCCGGGCCACCAGCAAUCCAUGGGCUACAACCCCCGGCCACCUUACGAGGAUGGGCCUGGAAGGGACUACAGCCCCCCUCAGCCACGCUAUGAGGACGGCCCCCCAGUUGGUUAUGAUGGCAGGCCACGCCAUAGCAAACCUGGGCCCAUGCGUUAUGAUGAGCCCCCACCCCCACCCCCAGUGGGUUACAAUGCCCGCUCCCCAUAUGAAGCAGAAUCGCACAGCUUUCCCAUAAACUCGCCCCGAUCCCCAGACCCACCAAAGCAGUAUUAUGGGGACUCUGCUCUGAGGCCUGCCUACAACCCCGGACCUCCCAACCGGGCUUACAAGCCAGGAAUGCAUGAGCCCAUGAUGAACUCUGAACCCACCAUGCCCCCCCUUAAACUUGAGACCCUGCCUUCCCCCGGUGAACCUGGCAUCACCGCAGGCCCCAAGCCCUUUCCUGCUCCACCGCGAGAAGACCUCGAGGAAGACCCUGCCAUGAAGCCUCAGUCAGUUCUAAACAGAGUCAAAAUGUUUGAGAACAAGCGCUCCGUGUCUGUGGACAGGGCAAAGGAUGGAGGGGAUGCAUCAGUGCUCAGGCCUGCAGAUGCUCCUAAACCUGUUACUGGACCUGGCCCUGUUCCCAAAGCUAACUCCCUCAGCAACCUAGAACAAGAAAAGUCCACUUACAGAGCCCCUGAGCCACAGAAGCCCCAGUCUAAACCCAUUGACGAUGUGGUGCGUUCCAACCACUAUGACCCAGAUGAGGACGAGGAAUAUUACAGGAAGCAGCUGUCCUACUUUGACCGACGGAGCUUUGACAGCAAGGCCAUGGGCCAACCCAGCCUGGGUAUCAACCGCUUCCAUGAACUACCCAAACCAGCUCAACUGUCUUACCCUUACAACAGGGUUGAGUCUCUGGAGAAGGUUAGUCCAGUGGAGAAGAGGUAUGAACCUUUGGCCCAGAUCAGCCCAUCCUCUCAGUACGGGCCGCCACCACCUGCAAUCCCGCCCAGCACCUUGCCCAAACUCAGCCCAAAUGAGGUGAAUUCCAUUCCUGAACCUUUGAGCUCACCCAACCCCAAACCUGAGGUGGCAGCUCUGAGGCCUGUCAGCAGGGAGGACUCCACACAGGGGGGAUAUUUGCCACCACGGGGCCUCCCUGAGAAACCUCCAAUCAAUGGCACUGACAACACCCCCAAAGCCCCUGGUGCUCCCACUGCUACCAAUUACAACCGUUAUGUCCCUAAGCCUUACACCACCUCAGCACGGCCCUUCGAGCGGAAGUUCGAGAGCCCAAAGUUCAACCAUAACCUACUGCCCAAUGACACGCAAAUAAAGACAGAGCUCAUCGUAAAGCCCGGUGUAGUGGGCAACAGCGGCGGCAGCAAGCCUCAGCUCUCUCCACAGCCUCCAGACCAGGACAGCGGCCUGGACACCUUCACACGGACGAUGGACAACAGGCCCAAGUACCAGCACAACAAUGUCAAUGCCAUCCCAAAGGCCAUCCCUGUCAGCCCCAGUGCACUGGAUGAUGAUGAUGAGGAUGAAGGGCACACGGUGGUGGCAACGGCCCGGGGGAUCUUCAACUGUAACGGAGGAGUCCUGAGCUCCAUUGAGACGGGUGUCAGUAUCAUCAUCCCCCAGGGGGCCAUCCCAGAGAGUGUGGAGCAGGAGAUUUACUUCAAGGUGUGCAGGGACAACAGCAUCCUGCCCCCACUGGACAAGGAGAAAGGAGAGACGCUGCUGAGCCCUCUGGUGAUGUGUGGCCCUCAUGGACUCAAGUUCCUGAAGCCGGUGGAGCUUCGCUUACCUCACUGUGCGUCUAUGACCCCUGAUGGUUGGUCUUUUGCUCUAAAAUCCUCCGACUCCUCGUCGGGUGAUCCCAAGACCUGGCAGAACAAAUCUCUCCCAGGGGACCCAAACUACCUGGUGGGUGCAAACUGUGUGUCUGUGCUCAUUGACCACUUCUGAAGAGGGCAACAGCUGGCCUGUUACUGGGUGCGAGUAUCAGAGGAUGUUGCUUUGUUCCCCCCACCCCAUUCCCAUGCUGCGGGGUGUGCACCGCUCCAAGAAGUAUGAGCACGAUAUCCUUGUUUAUUGUGCCCUAAAACAAUUAAACGAUAAACACACAAGUGGGGAGGAGGAGUACGGCAUCCCCGGGGCCGCGUGUCCGUGGUCCCCAUCCCCACCCCACCCCCAUCCCAUUCAUUUCGGUGCUUUCAAGGCUUGCAAAAAUAAAGAUUAAAAACAAUAAAAAAUUCUGUCAAAAAAAAAUAAAUGGAACUGUUGUUCGAAUGCAUGACCAGUGCCAGAGACUGAAUAAUCUCAUUUUGACAUUUUAAGCCAAUUUUCUUAAGAAAAGAAGAAGAAGAAAAAAAAAAAGAAAAAGAAAAGAAGUCAAAGCAGUGCAAGGUGAAAGAAUUUGGGGGAGUUUUGUUAAAUAACUGCAAUAGGAUUUUCACACUGUCAGGCACUCGCAAGUAGAAAAAGUAGCGCGUGCAAAACUUGUCCUCUUCGUGAGGUUUCUCGGUCAUGUGCGUCGCUCCUGAAGGAUCUCCAAAGGACUUCGGAAACGUCGAGCCUGACGCGAGAGUUACGAAGACCUCGGCAUCGUAAAGAUUUUAGGAAGAAAAAAAAAACGUAGAUAUUAAAAUACACUGUAUGGAGAAGGAAGGUUAAGUAUUAGCAUCAGAUGCCCGUUUGUUCCGGAUGGGUUGACUCACUCUCGUCUGUCUAGAACGUAUCUUUUGUAGCAAUGUUUUAACGUAGAUAAGUAUCCUGACUUGAUUUUCCAAACCCCUGCUGUCUAGAGAUCUAUGCAUGUGCUAUGACUCAGGUUCAGACGCCUGCUACUAAGUUCUACACAUGAAAUAUCCCAUCCUACACUGCAAGCAGUGAUGCCUUAUCUGCAUAUUAACUUUUCAGUGGAAUUUUAGAAAAAUACAGUUCUUUCAGUUUUACGGCAGUCAAAAGUUUGCGGGGGGAGGAAGAGUUGUCUGCGUUUUCUCAUCGGUGAACUUGGAUUUAGCACACAAGAAUAAUAAUAAUAAUAGAGGCUGACAAAAAAAAAAAGUAUGCUUUCUUUUACCGCUAUGCAUAUGAGGUCUGAGGAAAAACAAAAACACUAGACAAUGUUUAAAUUGUGGCUGUACAUAUUGCUCGCAUAUGGCCUUGGUCCUCUGUAAAUUAACUUUUGUACAUCUUUAUUAUUUUGUAUAAAAGAGUUAAAAAAAAUGUUUGUUUAAAAAGACGAGGCGGUUAACAUUGGUUAUGUUUGUAUUCUGGUUAUACCCCUGAGCCUUGGAACUGACACAAGCAGCAAGUCCAGUUUUUCUACCAACAUAUAUAUACACUACUUAAGGCAUUUUUAUCGGUCAAAAAACUUUUUAUUCUUAUUUACAAGAUAGAAAAAGUGCUUGGUUUAAAUAAUUUUAAAAGAUGUGAACUUGAGGGGUCUGUGUUGAAGAGUGGCCCCUUCAUUUAUUUGUGAUACUGGAUGCUGUAUUGUGUGCCCUGAAAUGUAUUUUUGUACUAAUAGACGAUUUAUUAUGGCACAUCAGUACUAUUUUCUUUUGAUAUAACACUGCUUCAACCCGACACUAGUUACUUUUCCUGUGUGGCUGACAUUCUCUUAAUUUAUUUUGUUUAUGUUCAUCUUUUUUGUUUCCUUUGCGACACAUUUCUAAGUAUACCACUGUAUUAAUAAAUUCAUUUUUAAAGUAACUGCUGAUCGGUGUGCAUUUUUUUUCUGAUGACUGCACGUUGUCCAGCUGAUCCCACUGAUUUUUUUUCUAAGUCUUCUUGAGAAAAAUUAAGAUUUUUAAAGACUUGAUUCUAGAUCUCAGGGCGGCACGGUGGCGCAGUGGUUAGCGUGGUCGUCUCACAGCAAGAAGGUCCUGGGUUCGAGCCCCGGGGUAGU